AUGUUAUUGGUGUUCUGCGCCACAGCUAUUGUAUUCGGUCCAAUGUACGGAACUAUAGAUGCUGUCUACCAUAACAGACGAAACAGAUCAUCGCUGCUUGAGACAACUCAACCACAGAGUACAGCUGCUUGCCAUAACCGCACAAAGCAUCAGGUUGAUGCUGCUGGCCAGUCCAGAUCAAGCCAUUUGAUAAAAAAGCUGCGAAAGGCUCGCAAUUUCAAAGAAAAUCCUAUACUUGGUCACGUGUUUUUGCACUUCGGUUAG